AUGGCAAACGGCGGCGAUCUUACCGCCACAGGAGCAUCCAUCGAACAAGAGUCUCCGGUGGUUCCUCCUCCUCCUCCACGUGAAAUCCCCACCGCCAAUAUCCCUCCUCCAAGAUUCACCGCACCAAACAGAGUCAAUCUUACUGAAGAGAAUCAAUCUUUACUCAACUCAAUUCGCUCCUCAGCCGCCUUAACUCCUCAAGAAAGGAACAGGUUGUUCAACUUAAUGACUAGCAGCGAAGAAAACGGUGCGGCUCAGUUUAGAGAGGUGGUCUCAAGAAGCGAUCUUCGGAGGAUGGCCUCGUUGCUGACGUCAGAUCUCGAUCGUUUCUUGGAGAUGGCAAGAAACAAGAACGGCUACAACCGCAUACAGGAGUGA